AUGAGGACAUUUUGGGAGUGUGAGGAAGGAUUUACAACAACCAACUAUUCGAUGGAGGAAACCAAGUGUGAGGAACAUUAUCAGAAAACGGUAAAGCGGAUGGAAGAUGGUCGUUAUUCGGUGGGUUUGCCUAAAUCCAACGAAGUACUUGCACGCCUAGGAGAAUCAAAGGAAAUAGCACACCGCCGAUUGAUGCUGCUGGAUCGAAGAUUAGCUCUUCGUAAGGAAUACCAUGCAUUUAUGGCCGAUUACUUGGACCGAGGACACAUGCGGAAGAUUGACGAGCACUCAACAGAGGUACCCGUUUCCUAUUAUAUUCCACAUCAUCCAGUCAUUAAGGACUCUAGCACCACCACUCGUGUUCGGGUGGUAUUUGAUGCAUCUUCCAAAUCAUCCACGGGAAUUUCCUUAAAUGACGUUCUGUUGAAUGGGCCAGUUAUCCAGGACGAAUUACGUACCAUCAUCAUGCGAGGUCGUUUCUACCGAAUCAUGCUUGUUGCGGAUGUCGAAAAAAUGUUUCGGCAAAUAUGGACUGACCAUAUCGAUGUUCCUCUGCAAAAUAUUCUGUUUCGCUUUUCCGUCGAAGAUCCCGUUCAGAUGUAUGAGUUGUUGACCGUUACUUACGGCACCAAACCUGCACCGUUCUUAGCUACACGAACCUUAAAGCAGCUGUCCAUGGAUGAAAUCAACACCUUUCCACUAGCAGCCAGAAGAAUGUCCAAGGACGUCUAUAUGGACGAUGUCAUCACUGGUGCAAACGACGUAGCUGAAGCAAGGAAAAUUCGGAUGGAGCUAGAUGAAAUGCUGCUGAAAAGUGGAUUCCGGUUGCCCAAAUGGGUUUCAAACAGCGAGGAAGCUUUGGAAGGGGUGGAUGAAUCCAAUUUGGCCAUUCCACGGGAGAAAGGCAUCGAUUUCGACCAAGAACAAACGGUAAAAACUUUGGGCUUGAUAUGGGAGCCAAAAACGGAUACCUUUCGGUUUAAAAUCCAAUUCUCGUCUCUUGAGAAACCAGAAAUGACCAAGCGGAAGGUCCUCUCUAACAUUGCAAGGUUGUUUGAUCCUUUAGGAAUGAUUGGUCCGGUGGUUACAAGCGCAAAAAUCAUCAUGCAGCAGAUUUGGCAGCUGAAAGACAACAAUGGAAACCCUGUUGGCUGGGACGACGUUCUUCCUGAAUCGCUUCUCGAAACUUGGUUGAAAUUCUACUCACAAUUACCUAAGUUGGAUGAACUCCGCAUUCCGCGUUACGUGAUUCUGGAUAACACAAUCAAACUUCAGCUCCAUUACUUUUGCGAUGCUUCGGAUAAGGCCUACGGAGUCUGCGCUUAUGCCCGAUCGCUGGACGCUUGUGGACAAAUCACCGUCUGCUUAAUUUCGUCCAAAUCAAGAGUUGCACCGCUAAAACGUCAAUCAGCUGCUCGAUUGGAACUUUGUGGAGCUCGAUUAGCUGUAGAACUGCAUGAGAAGUGUUCGCGUCUCUCUUUCGCGGUGUUAAGCGAAACAUCGUUCGAUCGUGGUGAUGCGGUCGCAAGCUCGUCCGGGAAGCGUCCCCGACAGGAAUCCGCCAACGCUCAGUCGGCAUCGAAAAAGCUGCUGUCAAACAACCGGUACGCCAUUCUCGAAAAUUGUGAUGAACCGGAAAUAAAGAAAAAGGAGAAGCUACCACCCUUCUUCGGGCUUCGGGAGAACAUCGAAUACUACAUCGAGCAAGGCUUGAAGAGCACCAUGCACAUGUGCACUGAAGGCAUCAUGCUGAUGGUGGUCCUGCGUGGUCUGCCGGACAUGGAAAUCACCGCGCUGUCGGAUGCGCUGAAGAAGAACAGCCUAAAGCCGUCGCAAGUCUUUAAGAUGAAUCGGCACGGCGCCUCCCGUAAGUACCGUGACCAGUUGUAUUUGGUCCACCUCGAGUGA